ACAAUCAAGCCCAGUGAUUUCGUACAUACAGUGUACUUCAUUCACUCUGUGCUUCCUAUAUCCACUGUAUAGCAAGUCAUUUGCUUCCGCGUACAUUCUUUCAACAUUUUGAGCUAAAAGUAUCAGAUUUAACACAAAGAUGGCAUCCCAAACGCCUACCGUUGUUCCUUUCCCUCAUUUCGACAAGGAUGUAGAUGCGCAGGGUCUACGAAAAGCCAUGAAAGGACUUGGUACUGAUGAGAAAGCAAUCAUCAAUAUUCUUUGUUAUCGAACAAACGCACAGAGACAGGAUAUCAAACUUCACUACAAGACGGCAUUUGGUCGGGAUCUAUUGGAUGAUCUGAAGAGUGAGCUGAGUGGAGACUUUGAGGAUGUGAUCCUUGGAUUGAUGGACACACCAGCUAUGUACGAUGCUAGAUGCCUCAAAAGAGCUAUGAAGGGUGUAGGUACUGAUGAAGAUGCCAUCUUGGAAAUCCUGUGUGCCCGCAACAACGCAGAAAUCGCUGCUAUCAAGGAGGCGUACAAGAAAGGUGGCUUUGGAAGUAAGGAUUUGGAGAAGGACCUUAAAGGUGAAACGAGCGGUGAUCUGAAGCGACUUCUUGUUGGCCUCUCCGUGGGAGCUCGUGAUGAGGCGGCAUCAUGUGACCCAACUAAAGUACAGGCCGAUGCCAAGGCACUCUAUGACGCUGGGGCAGGUCAGCUGGGAACCGACGAGUCCGAGUUUCAGCGGAUCAUCGUCGGGCGGAGCAGGAACCAUCUUCGUCAAGUAUUCGCUGCUUAUGGAUCGUUGACGAGUAAAUCCAUCGAAGAUGCGAUCAAGAGCGAGAUGUCUGGCAACGUCGAGACUGGCUACCUCAAUCUUGUUCGAUUCAUCAACAACCCCAUUGAGUACUACGUCAAGAAGCUUCACAAGGCGAUGAAAGGUCUCGGCACGGAUGAGGCUUGUCUUAUCAGGAUCUUCGUCAUGCGCUGUGAGCAUGACCUGGGUGACAUUGCUCACAGCUACCGAGCCCACCACGGCACGAGCCUGGUGGAUGCAAUCAAGAGCGAGGUCAGUGGAGACUUCAAGCGAGCGCUGGUGGCAAUUCUCUCUUAGAUUCAACUCCUUUCUCAUUCCAGGCUGAAAAGAAGUCGAACAAUUUUACUCCUCUCAUAAUAUUAUCUCUUAUACCAAAGCACUGAACGACAAAAAUAUAGGAAGACGACCAUGCAUGUGACAUAACAGUGUUAGUUUUUUAUGAUUAUGCGAUAGUGGUGAGUCGGCACCCAUAAAACAAAUUGCACCUCUGCUACAGGUAAUAUUGACGGUAGACCCUGAGGUGGCGUGCAAGAUUGCAACCAACAAUCUGAAGCUAUAUUCAGCGUUGCAUUUGGGGGCGCGAAGUCAAUAUUUUCCCUAAAGUAAUGUGAAGAUGAGAGCAGAGCAAAUAAUGUUAAUUAAACAUUAAUUGGUUCCCUACUCUCAUCUAACUUAUGCACUCGGGUAUUGAUAAAACAAUAACACAGGGCAAGUAAUGGAAGUUACAUACCAGAAUGGAAAAGGAUAAUGACGAUAGAAUCAGUUUCUUUAUGUAAAAAACAGUUAUCUACCCGUGAACAAGUAUUACAUAUAUAUAAAACAUAUAAUAUUUAAGGAUUAUUUUGUUCGAAAAUGGUAUUCUAUUAGUUUUUUAAUUAUACAAGUGGAGGUAAAAUAAUUAAAGUCAUCAUGAUCAUGAUUACAAAGAAUGUGAAUAUUCAAUUAUUUAAGUAUUAUGAAAAUUAUGAAAUUAUAAUUGUAUUUUAUGGGGGUGAUUGGUUGAGGCACACUUUAGAUAGUAAAUUCAUUAUCGUGUACACAGUUUAGUCAGGGGGGGUUAAAUACGUGGUUUAUUUAUGUGUAGAGUGACAAGUGCCGUAAAGAUGAUGUCUUUCAUAUUCCUGAUUUUCCUUCAAGGGGGAAUCCAUGAAAAUAAAUACGAAGUGUACUUACAGUGAUGAUGUACUCCUCAAAAAGAUGCAUAUAUGACUGCAUUUUAUUUUAAAAGAAAUGUUUUCAGUUUACAGAUCAGUAAUCUGUCCAGUGCUCAGUGUCAUAUGAUAUAAAUAGAUAUAAUCAAUCUUGCACGCAAUGAAAACGUUUUGACCCAUUGUUGCCGUUGAAUCCGCAGUUGCGUCGAUCCAGAAUGUAGAGCGCGCCGCUGAAGAGACAAGAUAUAGAUUGCGUUGUAUAUGAUGUGUUUUUUAUGAUUGAUAUCAAUAAUAAGAUUGAUUUCAAUCGUAGAAUUACCAUCAGACCAAUAUAUCAUUAUAUCACAUGACACUGAACUUGUUACAUAGAUAAAUUAUUCAUAUUCGUUUUCAAAAAGAUAGAUAAGAAGAGACAGAUAUUAUUUAUACAAUUUUAUAGAUUCUGUUAUUGUUGUAGUGGUGGCGGUUUUCCAUUUAUGUAAUCAAAUAUUUUUAAUACGCAUAUUUAUUUUGUUCUACUUUAUGAUUUAAUUCGGAGUAUUAGAUUGAAUCGAUUCAUUUUCAACCCUAAUCUUUGUUGAAAGUUUUUGUUAUGUUUCUUUUAGUUCUAUUAUUCUCACAGAUGCAAAUCGAAAUGAAAUUUAGAUUUAUAAAACGUUGCUAUCGUUCGUACAUAUAUCAUGACUAUAAUUCCAAAUAGAGGCUGAAAAUAAAGAUAAUGAA